AUGGCCCCCUACGCACCACCCCCAGCAUAUUUCAAAGUCGAAGAACUAAAGCGAGUAUUCGACCAUGACAAUUUCGAUAAGCGAGACGCAUUCCGUGCAUUGGCAGAUGAGCCACUCUUUGUACCUCGGCACAAUGUGUCGCUCUCCUAUGAGCGUGAGCUUGCACUGGAUAGGCUCAAGCGCGUAUCAGAGACCAAAAUGAUAUCGGUUUUUGACUUUGAGAAGAAUCCAUUGAACGUCAUGGCUGCCCACGAACUCGCCGGUAUGCUGGACCCUUCCUUUACCACAAAGAUGACCGUCCAGUACAACCUGUUUGGAGGCACGGUUCUCAAACUUGGAACUUCUCGCCAUCGAAAAUACCUUCAUGGCGUGGAUGACAUGUCUGUGAUUGGUUGCUUCGCUUUGACCGAACUGGGGUAUGGAAACAACGCAGUAGAAAUGGAAACAACUGCAAUCUGGGAUCCGAAGACCAAGGAGUUUAUUAUCAAUACCCCCUCGGUGAUCGCCCAGAAAUACUGGAUCACAAACUCCGCCGUUCACGCAAACUACGCCGUGGUUUUCGCCCAGCUCAUCUUCGAAGGUACCAACGAAGGCAUUCAUGCCUUCCUCGUUCGUAUCCGUGACGAAUCAGGCGCUCCAUGCCCUGGAGUUUCAAUUCACGAUAUGGGAAAGAAGAUGGACUGCAACGGGGUCGACAACGGCAAACUCGCAUUCGAGCACGUUCGUUGCCCACGUGAAGCACUCUUGAACCGCUGGAGUGACGUGGACGAACAAGGCCGAUUCAAAUCGACAAUCACUAACCGUCGGGCUCGCUUCCUCAAAGUCGCGGAUCAACUCUUGGCCGGACGACUAUGCAUUGCUUCUAUGAUUCUCGGCAGCGCCAAGUCAUCCCUCGGUAUUGCUCUCCGUUUCUCUGCCACCCGAGAAACCGUUGGCGAGUCGGGAAAAUCCGAUACACCUAUACUCGCUUACCAACUCCAACAACUCGCGCUCGUCCCCCUUCUCGCACGAACCGCUUUUCUCAACUGCGGACUGCACGUCGCCAAACGAGCAUGGUCCAAGGCUGGGCCCGAGACCCCACCAUUGGAGUAUGCCGAGGUUGUUCGAUUGUGUUGUGCAAUCAAACCGUUGGUGACUUGGCAUGGCGAGCGAUGUGCGAGCGUAGCGAGGGAGAGGUGCGGUGGGCAAGGAUAUCUGAGUGUGAACCGGAUGGCCCAGAACGUUGGGUUCUCUCAUGCUGGGAUUACCGCUGAAGGCGACAACGCGGUACUUGCACAAAAGGUUGCCAAAGAGCUUCUGGGCGCAAUCGAUAACGGAUCGUACAAGCUCAUCACGCAUGAUCCCAGUCAGGCAAAGAACUGGAAUAUCGCCACUGAUAUCGAAGCAUGCGUCAAGCUUAUGCAACUUAGGGAGACCUUGAUCGUUCAAAAGCUUCAAAAGGAUCUCGCCGGGCUUAUGAAAUCCGGCAAGUCCCUCUACCAGGCAUGGAUGUUCCACCUCUCGGAUGGAAUCCAGGCUGCGGCAGUAGCAUUUGGAGAACGCGUGUCUUCCGACGAGAUGUUCCGUCUCGUUAAAUCUACCUCGGGUGGGACUAGCAAAAUUCUCACGACCUUGCUUCACGUAUCUCUGCUUCAGAUCCUAACAACCACACCAACCCUUCUCGCUUCGGAUCUUAUUACUCCUUCCCAGCACAAUGCGGCCCGGGAACGUCUCGAAUCCCUUGUUCGCGAAGAACUUGGACCACAGGCGCUCCAUGUAGUGGAUGCUUGGGGAUUGCCUAGUCAGGUGCUAAGGGAGACCCCAGCGGCGUCUGUUGGAGGAAACGGAGGUUGGGAUGUUUUCAAUAUGGGCGAUAACAAGGGGGAGGUUGUCGGUUCGGCCGGCCGGGCAGGACGGGAAGAGUGGAAGGCAAAGCUUUGA